AAUUCUCUACCUUACUACAUUUUCCCUUAAGCUACUGUAACAACUACGCACUUCACAUCUUUCUACAUCCACGCUUUUUUCUUAUUCCCUUUUUCUUAAUCAGGCAUCGUACCUGCGCACGUAGGUAUUUCCGCCAUUGAUCAUUUUCCCAUUCUAAUACAGUCAUUCCACACCCUUUCCCGCAUCCAUAUUCCUCGAUUCUCUACCGGAAUCGAGGCAUCUUUGUACGUCUAAACCCUACCGUCAGUUCGCCUCUUGGCCCCAGCAGCGCGGAUCGCAGAAAAAAAAAAGUUGAACCACGGUUCGCGAAUAACUUUUACCUGCGCAUCAUAGCCCUUCCAACGCUUGUCACUCUUCCUCUUACCAUCUCGACCGACAUUUACAACGGCGACCGACCCGUCCACUUUCCAUGCCUUCCUUUACUUAAUCUCGUCGCACUCCUUUUAAACUUUCACCUACGCGUCAGACGCGGUCUUUUCGUCAUCAUAUCACCGGUCGCGAACAUCGACUUAACCUAGAACCCGCAUACCAUCUAAAGCGCCGCCCAUCAUGUCGGCCUUUGGCGGGUUCGGUAGCGGUGGAAGCGGCUUCGGCAGCACUAAUAACAACAAUACCACCACCGGUUUUGGUGGUUUUGGUAGCAAUAAUACGAGCAACACAGGCUUCGGCACAGGCAAUAACGCCGGAGGCUUUGGCGCCUCCAACACAGGAGGUGGCCUAUUCGGCUCCGGGAAUACAUCAUCCGGCUUCGGUGGAAACACCGGUGGAUUCGGAGCAUCAAGCAACACCGGUGGGUUCGGUCAAAAGCCAGCCUUCGGAGGCACAUCCACGAGCGGUGGUUUGUUCGGUGGUUCUACCACUACGACUUCUGGCGGUGGAUUUGGAGGAUUCGGAUCCAAUAACAACGCCUCAACGUCGAGCCCUUUCGGUGGCGGUGGAGGCACCGGCGGGUCUAUCUUCGGAAGCAAUGCGAACAAGCCAACCUUCGGUGCAACGAACACAGGCUCGACUGGCGGCGGUGGACUUUUUGGGAGUGGGAACACGACCAGUAACACCGCUACUUCGACUGGGUUUGGUGGAUUCGGCAACACGUCGAACGCCCCAGCCAGCACAGCGUUGGGUCCGGUAGGUGAUCCUCCCGGAACUGCCAACGUUACCAACUUCGCACCUCUGGUCGAGAAGGAGAAUACCACUAGUAGUGCCCAGAACUCCUACCAGAAUAUUCUUUUCCAAGACCCGUACAAGAAGUGGUCUGCCGAAGAGCUAAGACUUGCCGACUACGCUGCUGGUCGUCGUUUUGGAGGCACUUCUGGUACCGGCACUUUCGGCGUCGGAUCCGGAUUUGGUAGUGGAUUCGGCUCAAACACCCAAACCUCCGGCUCUUUCGGUAACACGAACACGACCACAAAUACCGGUGGUGGCCUAUUUGGCAAUACUUCGUCGUCUGGCGGCGUCUUUGGACAGAACAACAAUACCGCUACGACCGGGUUUGGCAGCAACACUUCUGGAACCGGUGGUAUGUUCGGAAACAAGCCGGCGGCAACCGGCGGUCUAUUUGGCAGUUCCGCAACAACUCAGCCAGCACAGUCGGGUGGUUUAUUUGGUUCCGGAAGCACUGGUUUUGGCAACACGGGAAACACCGGUACCGGAUUUGGAUCCACAAAUACCAAUACUGGAAGUUCUCUGUUCGGAGCCGCCAACAACACUAACCAGCCAAAGCCUGCUGGCUUUAGUUUCAACAACACGAACAAUAAUGCUGGCAGCAGUGGCUUUGGCACGAACGCUGGAGGAUUUGGUAGUGGUACUGCUAACACGGGCGGCGGCGGUCUUUUUGGUAGCAACACGAAUACCAAUCAAAGUUCUGGUGGUGGUCUGUUUGGCAACGCGACGCCGCAGAAUACGGGUAGCGUGUUCGGCGGAGGCUCUGGCGGCUUCGGAAAUCAGAACCAGCAGCAAACCGGGUCAUCUCUGUUCAAUAACAAUCAACAGAAGCCGGCUGGCACAGGCAUAUUCGGAAGCAGUACCAACACCAGCGGAACUGGAGGCGGCCUCUUUGGCGGUUCAACUAACACCUCUAAUACCUUUGGUCAGCCAGCUAACAAUCAGACUGGGGGCGGCCUCUUCGGCAACAAGCCUGCCACCGGCACCGGCGGCGGAUUAUUUGGUAACACCGGUGCAACUCAGAAUACCAACACUGGUGGAAGUGGUUUGUUUGGCGGCCUAGGACAAAACAACCAGCAGCAGCAACAGCCCCAACAAGGCUCUAGCUUAUUUGGGUCCCUUGGCCAAAACCAGCAGAAACCAUCUAUGUUCGGAAGCACUACGCAGUCGACCGGUGGUGGUCUUUUCGGAAAUCAGAACAAUCAGCAACAGGGCUCAUCACUCUUUGGGACGUCAAGCGCGCAGCAGCAACCGCAGAAUAACAACAUGGGUGGCUCUAUGUUCGGAAGUCCGCAAGCCAACCAAUCAACAGCAUCGUUCACUGCAAGCAUCAAUGACCCUUCAGCAUAUGGGUCUCUAUUUGCUAGUAUCGGCAACAACGAGGUCUCUGACCCCGGUCCUCUAGCAACGCCGACGAACAAGAAGCAGUCAAGACGGCCUUCUAUCUUGCCCUACUACAAACUAAACCCUGCGUCAGCCUCUCGAUUCGUGACGCCGCAGAAGCGUGGGUUUGGCUUCUCUUACAGUACUUACGGCACCCCGAAUAGUCCCUCAAGCGUAGCUAGUACUCCGGGUACCAUGUCGCAGAGUUUGCUAGGCGGCAGUUUGACUCGAAGUGUUGGUAACUCUCUUGCUAAGAGUGUGUCAACAAGCAACCUCAGACGCAGUUUCAAUGUCGAAGAUAGUCUCUUGGCCCCUGGCGCGUUUUCCGCUGGCUCUGGCUCAAGACUCUACGGGGGCGGCAGUGUCAAGAAACUCGUCAUCAAUAAGGACUUGCGCAGCGAUUUGUUCUCGACCCCCACAAAGGACAAGUCUGUGCCUGAGACGCCAAAUAGCUCUCGGAAAUUAACGAAGCGUGUUAGUUUCGAUACCAGCAACGUAGAUGCUGUCGAAGACGGUGCGACUACUAACGGCUCUACUAACUCUACACCAAGUGCCGAGCAAUUGGGUUACGUUCGACCGAAAGCUACGAACGGGGUCAACGGUUCUAAGUCGACUUCCAUCCCCGAAAUGGAGCAGGUGAAGGGUAAUGAGUUAGCAGUCGUGCAUGAAGAGGAGGCUCCCUCUCCCCAAGGGCGCAGUUCAACGACUGCCCUAUCUGAUGGAGAACCCGGCGAGUAUUGGAUGUCCCCGACUAAGGAAGAGAUUCAAGGACUGAAUAGAGUCCAGCGCCAGAAGGUUUCUGACUUCACCGUUGGGCGUGAGAAUGUCGGCUACGUCAAGUUCAAGGUACCCGUUGACUUGACCUCGGUUGAUGUCGAUAACAUAUUCCAUAACAUCGUCAUCCUGGAGCCGCGAAGCGCGACGGUUUACCCCAACGCUGCUAAGAAGCCACCUGUUGGCAAAGGCUUAAACGUACCAGCAAUUAUCAACUUGGAGAAUUCUUGGCCCCGAGCAUCCAAAAAGGGCAAGCCGAUCUCGAUCUUAAAGCACGUUGAGCGUCUGAAGAGAAUCCCAGAUACCAAGCUUGAGAAUUACAACGAGCAAACUGGGGAAUGGACAUUUUCCGUUGAGCAUUUCACAACAUACGGCCUCGAUGAGUCGGAUGAUGACGAAGACACUGAGACUAGACCCUCCGAGGCCCCAUCAGCUUAUGCGCUAGAAAAGAGAGUGUCUCCAUCUCCAUCUUCUGCCUCAGAAGAUGUUGCUUCUGAUGUUGGUGAUACCCUGGAUGGUAAACGAAGUUACCCAAUACUUCCAGGUGCUUUUGAUCCUAGGGAUGAUUCUUGUGACGAGGAAGCAGAGAUGACGGAGGUUGCUGGAUCUCGACCGUCUUUUUUAGCUAAUCGCUCCGCGGGUUCAAAAUCCAACGCGCUCGUCCCCAUAGAGCAGGAUGAGUCGGAUGAUGAAUAUGCGAUGUCCGAGGUACACGAAGAUACGAGUACUUCCCUCGGACAGCAUCUCGCCGCGGAGCAGGAGGAUAACUCGUUUGAUGGCUCCCAGUUUGAUACCGUGCCCGAGACACCUGCCGGUAUCAUGAGAGCCCGAAUGCGCGCAAUCAAGGGCUCGGCAACACCAAUGAAAGUUCAGGUUUCAUCGGGAGAUGACUGGAUGGACAUGCUUAGCAAGACAAUCAGCCCGCAGAAACGUGAUCGAGCACUUCUAAGGACCAUCAAUGAAGCCGAUCAACAACGUGCGGCAAAUGGAAAUUCUCGGGAAGCGUCCCCGACGAAAAAACGAAUCGUGCCGGACGGUCGUGGCUUUGCAACGAGCAUCGAUUUAAUGAAUUCAUUAUUCGAGAAAGCUCGGACGCCAACAGAAAAUCUUCAAGCUUCGGUACGGCCUAAAGGUGUUAAGUGGCCUUAUAAACGACAGACUAAGCACCUUGACGAAAGUGAUAUGGACGAACAAGACCGAAUCUGGCAUGAUACUAUGCGGCCUCGUUGGGGUCCAAAUGGCACUCUCGUCUUUUCUGCGACACCGAGCGGCUCGGCAUUUGGGAGAUCGAGUCGUAUAACUGACAAGAAUGCACUUAUGACUGUACUAAAAGGUGGUAUUGUGUCGGAGACUCAGGACAUCAGGAUAGCCAAGUUCACCAAUGAGAUGUCAGCCAGAGCAGUUCAUGUGCACUCCAAACUAGCACAAAUCGAAUUGAUCAACGGCGUACCAUCCGUCAGACUGAGCCCGAGGGCAACCCUCAAAGACUUCUCUGUCGGAACCAAUGGUAAAAAUGUCGCCGAAGAGCAUGAGAGGCUUGUAUGGGAACUUGCCAGCGUAUUAUUCGACAGCAUUAAAAUUCCCGUGGAUCUGCAGAACGAUGCAGAGGCCGUAGAAAAGCUUCGGCGGGAGAACCUGUCUCGAUUCUGGGAGCGCAUGGUAGAAGAACAAACCAGCAAGACGGCCGCAAUGGCCGGUUCGAGUGAGGAAAAGGCUUUAGCUUCUUUGUCCGGCCACCGAAUAGCUGAAGCUUGCAAACAUCUGUUAGAUGGCAAGAAUUUCCGUCUGGCUACUUUGGUUUCUCUCAUCGGUACCAACGACGCCGUCAAGAAGGACGUACGAGAACAGAUGAAGGAGUGGCACGAGGCGCAUGUACUUUCCGAGUUCUCUCAGUCGAUUCGCGCACUUUACGAAAUGCUCAGUGGCAACGUUUGUGCUUGCGAGGGUACCAAGGGUGCAUUAGAAAACCGGACUGAGUCGUUCCUCAUCUCUAAGAGGUUCGGUCUCAAUUGGCAACAAGCCUUCGGACUAAGACUCUGGUACGCGAUAUCCUCGGAGGACCGCAUCGCGGAUGCGGUGGAGAAGUAUAGAGAAGAUGUGGAACAGGAUCGAGAGCUAGCGCCUGUCACCUGGUUUACGGAGCACGGCAUCAAGAGCAUCUGGAAUGAUCCGAAUCAGGAUCAGCGGGAAGAUCUACUUUGGGGAUUACUACAAUUAUACUCCAACAGCCAGGUCGACCUGGAAGCGAUAUUGCGACCAGAAAAUUCUCAGCUCUCCCCUCUUGACUUCCGACUUUCCUGGCAACUAGGGCAAGCCUUGACAUCCACCGGGCGCGCCUCGUUUGGAAAGAACGCCGCAGAGAAGGCUGAUGCUGCUACCGUCUCGUUCGCUGCACAAUUAACUAAUGAAGGCAGCUGGUUAGAAGCAACCUUCGUACUCCUACAUCUCGCGGAUCCAGAUGCACGAUCCAAAGCCAUACAAGAUCACCUCUGUAGGCAUGCUGGUUUCAUUGGGAAUGAGGACUCGAGCAAUUUCAAGAGGCUUACGGCAGAAUUCAAGAUUCCGAGAAGGUGGAUUUGGCAUGCAAAGGCCUUAUACAUGCGAAGCGUCAAGAAAGAUCCAGCUGCUGAAGUUCAGUGCUUACUUCGCGCAGAGUCGUGGGCUGAUGCCCAUCGUACUUUCAUCAAAGAAGUCGCCCCAGUCACCAUAAUUGAGCGUGACUACGACGCCUUGGCCGACCUUCUCCACCAGUUCGAAGGCCACCAUUCACAAGUUCCUGAUUGGAACGUUGGUGGUGAGAUCUAUAAGGCAUUCCUCCAACUAAUGGGUUGUCAACGACGAGCCGAAUUCCCACCCCCUAUCUUAGUGAAUGCCCUGCUGGAAGGAUUACCAGCGAUGCAUGGCAAUACACCGGAAGCUGGCAUUACAGAGUAUGCUGCAUUGACGGACAUGGCCGCAGAGGUGGCAAAGGUGGUAGCCAAUAUGGCAAAGGCAGGAGAGAUGGAACAUGAGCGCGUCUUACAUCUUCCCUUGACGGAAGAUGUCCUCCUAAAACAUUCCCGUGAUUUCGCUUGGUCACAUUACUCAACGGUGAUGGCCGGGUUUUAAGCCCCUUGCGUCCUGAUUCUAUUACGAAGUUUGAGGUGGAGAUGGAUUGUGAAGAUAUUGCAGAGGAUUAGUAACAUGCGUUUCCGCGAAAAUGACACUUAUAGUAGAUAGUUCGUUCCCCCUUAAGGUUAAUCGCCUUCCAUGCUCAGUCUAGGAUGAAAGUUGGGAAGCAAAAGGAGUCAGUCAACGGUGGGGUAGGUGAUAUCUGGCACAUUGUGUGUCGUUGCGACGACACAGCAAAAGAAUUGCCUUCAUGUAGCAUAAUAAAGUAGUUAGCAUAAAUUGCUGAUACCCGUG